AUGGUACGCUGUCUGCUUGCUGACUCUGGUCUACUGCACUUUCUGUGGGGAGAGCUCUUCAUGGCCGCUUCGUAUCUGAGCAACCGUGCUCCACACUCGGCUUUGGACAACGUGGCGCCCUUCAAGGCCCUUCAUGGCAAGGAGGCCUAUCUUGGCCACCUUCGGGCGAUCGGAGCCAGAGCUUUGUUCACGUGGAGACCCAUACCAACAAGCUUGAUGCUCGUCCCUGGGAAGGACGGCUGGUUGGCUACAGCGUCGACAGCAAAUCUUUUCGGAUUGACAACCCGGAAACGAGGAGAGUACGCGAGAGCCGCAACGUCGUCUUCAUCGAGACACCGUCGGCCAUGCCGGAACCGGGCGUGGGGAACGAGCAAGGUACCUGGCACUUUCGAAGAGGCCAUGGAGCUCGCGGAAGCAGACUUAUGGAAACAAGCAGCCGAGACGGAGAUCAAGAGUCUUCAAGAGCUAAAGCGCGACUGCACGUACAAGGCGAGACUGGUAGCCCUGGGCUGGAAUCAAGUUCCGGAAAAGGAUUGCGGUGGAACCUUCGCUCCUGUCUGCAGACUGCAAAGUGUGCGGAUGGUGUUUGCCAUUGCUGCUGAGAUGGACUGGGAGAAAACAAUCGAUCUAAAACUCAUCGAACUUGGGUGUAACCCACUCAAGUCGGACUCCUGCGUGUACAUCUACAAGCGCAAUCACACGAUUGUGAUCAUCACCCUCUACGUCGACGAUCUUGUCGUCAUCGGCGGAAACAUCGAAGUGAUAGAAGCAAUUAAGACGAAGCUUAUGGAGCAGUUCCAAAUGAGUGUUUUGGGGAAUGUGUCACUUGUGCUAGGGAUGCAGGUCACUCGUGAUGGUGAACAUGGAACGCUCACCAUUACACAAGCCGACUACACAAGGUCCAUUCUUGCGCGGUUUGGUAUGGAGGAAUGCAAGCCCACGAGUAUUCCAAGCGUUGGUUCGGAGCUAUCCACGGAGCAGCCUACCGAGACUGUUCUGAAUAAGGAGAAAACGCAGAGCCAGCUUGCACGCGUGAUGUCCAAGGCAGCGAAGGCGCACAUGGGUGCUGCUAAGCAUCUUCUACGGGGUACACAGGAUUUUUGCAUCACGUACAAGCGAGGAGGCUUCAAACUGACCGCAUUCUCGGAUGCCAACUGGGAGAGCAACCCUGAUAAUGCGAGGUCGACUUCAUCCUACAUGAUCAUGAUGUCGAAGGCUCCCGUAAGCUUCAAGACGGGUCUGCAAGAUUUAACGGUAAUGUCGACCAUGGAGGCAGAGCUGCUGGCUGCAGCUCUAACGAUGAAGGAAGCGGUGUUCUGCUCUAAUAUGAUGACUGAGUUAGGGUUCGGACAGCAGUUCGGUCAAGUGCCGUUGUACAUAAACAACACGGCCACCCUUCACGUAAUCGGGAAUCAAGCCUACAGUUCCCGUACGAAACACAUCGCCUUACUUUUCUUCUGUGUUCGAGAGCUGGUGAAGGAAGGCGCAAUCACCAUCCACUAA